UUUGUGCCUGCGGGUGCGCUCGUGCGGGCUCGCCCGGCUCGGAGAGCGGCCGGGGGCGCCGAGGCCCGGGGCGGACAGGGCCGGCAGGCGGCGGCGGAGGCGAUGCGCCGCGCCCCGCCGGGCCCGUCCCGCCGCGCUCGGUGAGCCGGCUCCAGGAGCGCGGGCUGCGGCCAUGGGCACCCUGGGCAAGGCGCGAGAGGCUCCGCGGAAGCCUCAUGGCUGCAGAGCUGCCCCUAAAGCAAGACUAGAGGCGAAGCCCGCCAACAGCCCCUGCCCCUCCCAUCCCAGCCUGGCCCAGAUCACUCAGUUCCGAAUGAUGGUGUCUCUGGGACAUUUAGCCAAAGGAGCCAGCCUGGACGAUCUCAUUGACAGCUGCAUUCAAUCUUUCGAUGCAGAUGGAAACCUGUGUCGAAGUAACCAACUGUUGCAAGUCAUGCUGACCAUGCACCGAAUCAUCAUCUCCUCUGCAGAACUGCUCCAAAAAGUUGUCAUCCUUUAUAAGGAUGCCUUGGCAAAGAAUUCCCCAGGGCUUUGCCUGAAGAUCUGCUAUUUCAUAAGGUAUUGGAUAACAGAAUUCUGGGUCAUGUUUAAAAUGGAUGCCAGCCUGACAGACACUAUGGAGGAGUUUCAGGAACUGGUGAAAGCUAAGGGUGAGGAGUUACACUGCCGCCUGAUUGACACAACUCAAAUCAAUGCCCGUGACUGGUCCAGGAAACUUACUCAAAGGAUAAAAUCAAAUACCAGCAAGAAACGGAAAGUCUCUCUGCUCUUUGACCACCUGGAACCAGAAGAGCUAUCGGAGCACCUCACCUACCUUGAAUUCAAGUCCUUUCGAAGAAUAUCUUUCUCUGAUUAUCAGAAUUACCUUGUAAAUAGCUGUGUGAAAGAGAACCCCACCAUGGAGCGGUCGAUUGCCCUGUGCAACGGCAUCUCCCAGUGGGUCCAGCUGAUGGUUCUCAGCCGCCCCACCCCACAGCUCCGAGCAGAAGUCUUCAUCAAGUUCAUCCACGUGGCUCAGAAGCUCCACCAACUACAGAACUUCAAUACAUUGAUGGCUGUGAUAGGUGGGCUAUGUCACAGCUCAAUCUCCAGGCUCAAGGAGACAAGUUCACAUGUCCCGCAUGAAAUCAAUAAGGUUCUGGGUGAGAUGACUGAGCUGCUGUCCUCCUGCAGAAACUAUGACAACUACCGGCGAGCCUACGGAGAGUGCACUCACUUCAAGAUCCCCAUCCUGGGGGUUCAUCUCAAGGACCUCAUCUCCCUAUACGAAGCCAUGCCUGACUAUCUGGAGGAUGGGAAGGUGAACGUCCACAAGCUGCUGGCCCUUUACAAUCAUAUCAAUGAACUGGUCCAACUGCAAGAGGUGGCCCCACCCUUAGAGGCCAACAAGGACUUGGUACACCUGCUGACGUUGUCUCUGGAUCUCUACUACACUGAAGAUGAAAUUUAUGAGCUUUCCUACGCCCGAGAACCAAGGAACCACAGAGCCCCACCACUAACACCUUCAAAACCACCAGUAGUAGUGGACUGGGCCUCCGGAGUAUCUCCCAAACCUGAUCCAAAGACCAUUAGCAAACACGUCCAGAGGAUGGUGGAUUCUGUCUUCAAGAAUUAUGAUCAUGACCAGGAUGGAUACAUUUCUCAGGAAGAGUUUGAGAAGAUUGCUGCGAGUUUUCCAUUUUCCUUCUGUGUGAUGGACAAAGACAGGGAAGGCCUCAUCAGCAGGGACGAGAUCACAGCCUACUUCAUGAGGGCCAGCUCAAUCUACUCCAAGCUGGGCCUGGGCUUUCCUCACAACUUCCAGGAGACCACGUACCUGAAGCCCACUUUCUGUGACAACUGUGCUGGAUUUCUCUGGGGAGUGAUCAAACAAGGCUAUCGAUGUAAAGACUGCGGGAUGAACUGCCACAAACAAUGCAAAGAUCUGGUUGUGUUCGAGUGUAAGAAGCGAGCCAAGAACCCAGCAGCUCCCACAGAGAACAGCACCUCUGUGGGGCCAGUGUCCAACCUCUGCUCAUUAGGAGCCAAAGAUCUGCUCCAUGCACCUGAAGAAGGACCUUUUACAUUUCCUAAUGGGGAGGCUGCGGAACAUAGUGAGGAGAGUAAAGAUCGGACCAUCAUGCUGAUGGGAGUGUCCUCACAGAAGAUUUCUGUUCGGCUGAAGAGGACUGUUGCCCACAAGGCCACUCAGACUGAAUCACUGCCUUGGAUUGGCAGUGAGAGCCCUUCAGGUCCUUUCAUGCUGUCUUCUCCAAGGAAGACAGCCCAGGAUACUCUUUAUGUGCUUCCAAGUCCCACAUCUCCAUGCCCCAGCCCAGUCUUGGUCAGAAAGCGGGCUUUUGUCAAGUGGGAGAAUAAAGAAUCCUUCAUAAGAUCAAAGGAGGAGCUCCGCCACCUCAGACUCCCAACCUACCAAGAGUUGGAACAGGAAAUAAAUGCCCUGAAAGCAGAUAAUGAUGCCCUAAAGAUCCAACUGAAAUAUGCACAGAAGAAAAUAGAAUCCCUCCAGCUUGAAAAGAGCAAUCAUGUUUUAGCACAAAUGGAGCAGAGUGACUGUUCUUAGCCCAGAAACUCAAGGAACACAAUCUGUAGAUGAGUAUACUGGAGAUCUCAAUUUCUCAACUGAUUAACACAAAGACCUGGGAACCUUAGAAUGACCAGUGUUUAAAACAGUACUCUGAAAGGAAAAGCCUGCUACUGUGUGUUUACUUAAAAGAUUCCUAAUGUGCAGCAUUGUUUUCUCUUUCAGUCAAGUGUGCUAAAGAAUGCAAAAGUUUUACCAAUCAUACCACUAAUUCCUUCUGCCCAGGAUUAAUACCAAAAGUAUGUAAAAUAUGACUAUAGUUUCCUGACAAGGUGGCUUUUCAUGUGGUCUCCCCAGCUGAUUCUUCCUUAGAGCUAAAAUCUUUGGAAAAGGAAUGUUUCCUUCUUAAGGUUUUCUGCAAACUGAAGGACUUAACUUUGUUCCAUCCAAAGCUUGCUUAUAAUGGAAACAUACUCAUACUCCAAAAGUAGAUUUACUUCAAUAUCCCAGCAUUCUUUGUGAAUCUGGUUCCUACUUCACUACCUCAGAUCUAAUCAAUUAGCCUCUGUCCCCUUUUUCACUACACUCAUAUACAGAUGAGCAUAUCUACCUAGAAGUGAAUUUCUACAGAUGUAGCCACAACUUCUUAGAGGCCUAUUAAACAUGACCUUAUCCAAUUGCAGGUCAACUCACAAUUGUAGUAUUACUGUUAUCAUAAAAUAAGUAAUCAAAUUAAGUACCUGGAAACAGCUAUUUUACCAUGUCAUACAUGAUUGGCUAAUUAGCUAAAAUAAAUGUAAUGCAAA